AUGGUGAAGUCGUACUUAAAAUACGAGCAUGGCAAGUCCUUCGGCGUCGUCGCCUCGCCGACCUCGAACAUAGUGUGGUCCUCGAAAGACCGAACAGGAACCAGCGCGGGACAGGCGAUCGUCGCAGCGAAUGAAGAGGUUCUCAGUUGGGACAUAAAGAAGGGCGAAGUCACAAGCCGCUGGAGAGAUGAAAGAUGCACGGUUCCUGUGACUGCCAUCGCGCAAAGCAAAUCCGACAGGGACGUUUUCGCUGUGGGAUACGAGGAUGGCAGUAUUCGAUUAUGGGAUAGCAAGAUUUCCUCCGUGAUCCUCAACUUCAAUGGUCAUAAGUCGGCAAUCACAAAACUCGUUUUCGACAAGUCUGGUGUCAGACUUGCCAGCGGCUCCAAAGACACCGAUAUCAUCAUCUGGGAUCUUGUCGCGGAAGUCGGCCAAUUUAAGUUGCGAGGACACAAGGACCAGGUGACUGGCCUUCAUUUUGUUGAACCAGAACCUCGGGUCCAGGGUGAAGACGAUGCGCACGCGAUGGUCCUUGACGGUGAAGGAACGCACGACGGAUUCUUAUUGACGACUGGCAAAGACUCCCUCAUCAAGUUGUGGGAUCUAUCGUCAAGGCACUGCAUUGAAACACAUAUAUCGCAGACAAACGGCGAGUGCUGGGGUCUUGGAUUGGCCCCAGACUACAGUGGAUGUGUUACUGCGGGAAAUGACGGCGAGAUCAAAGUUUGGUCGUUGGACGCCGACGGCCUUGCAUUGAGCGCCCGUCAAGUUGAUACACCUGCUGCAGUUCGAUAUCUUCAGGAUCGCGGAACAUUACAUCGACAGAGUAAGGAUAGGACAACCGAAGUUAUCUUCCACCCAAAGAAAGAUUACUUUGCAGUUCAUGGCUCAGAAAAGGGUGUUGAUGUGUGGAGAAUACGGUCCGAGGCCGAAAUAAAAAAGGCACUGGCUCGCAAACGAAGAAGACGUCGAGAGAAGGCGAAGGAUGGGAAGGUCGUGGAGGACACCAAUGCAGAGGAGCCAGUGGAUACUUCAAAGGCAGAUAUUAGCGAUGUCUUUGUUCAAUAUGUCAUUGUGCGAACAGGAGGCAAGGUGCGCUCUGUUGACUGGGCCUCCCCUAGUGGACAAAGGGAUCUUCACCUGCUGGUGGGAACCACAAACAACCUGCUCGAGUAUUACCGCCUUCCAUCUAAGGAGAAGACCGAAAAGUCAAAGAAGGAAGACGUCCCUGAUUAUACAAGAGCGCUAUCCGUUGAAUUCCCCGGUCACCGAACAGAUAUCAGGGCGCUAUCGCUGAGCUCGGAUGACAAGAUGCUAGCAUCUGCAUCGAACGGUAGCUUGAAGAUCUGGAACAUCAAGACGCAGAAUUGCAUUCGGACAUUCGAGUGCGGCUAUGCGCUAUGCUGUUCUUUCCUACCGGGAGACAAAGUCGUCGUGGUUGGCACUAAGAGCGGUGAGCUGCAGCUCUUUGAUGUGGCCUCGGCUACACUGCUCGAUAGUGUCGAUGCUCACGAGGGUGCCAUCUGGUCUCUCAACGUCCACCCUGAUGGCCAGUCCGUCGUCUCAGGCAGUGCUGACAAGACAGCCAAGUUCUGGGAUUUCAAGAUAGUACAGGAGGAAGUGCUCGGUACAACAAGAACAACGCCAAAGCUCAAGCUGCAACAGUCGAGAACACUCAAGGUUUCUGACGAUGUUUUGAGCCUCAAGUUCUCACCGGAUGCACGACUUAUUGCUAUUGCCCUCCUCGAUAACACUGUCAAGGUCUUCUUCGUUGACUCCCUAAAACUCUACCUUAAUCUUUAUGGCCACAAGCUUCCUGUUCUUAGCAUGGAUAUCUCAUUUGACAGCAAGUUGAUCGUCACAAGUUCAGCCGACAAGAAUAUCAGAAUAUGGGGCCUUGAUUUCGGUGACUGCCACAAAGCUCUUUUCGGGCACCAGGACAGCAUCCUUCAGGUCGCCUUCGUGCCUCACAACAAUGACGGCAACGGGCACCAUUUCUUCAGCAGCAGCAAGGACCGUACAAUCCGAUAUUGGGAUGGUGAUAAAUUCGAGCAGAUCCAGAGACUGGAUGGUCACCAUGGUGAGGUGUGGGCUAUUGCCGUUGCCCAUAGCGGCAACCUCUUGGUUAGUGCUGGCCAUGAUAAGAGCAUCCGAGUCUGGGAUGAAACAGAGGAGCAGAUUUUUCUCGAGGAAGAGCGCGAGAAGGAGAUUGAGGAACUAUACGAGAGCACUCUCACGACAUCACUGGAGCGAGACCCUGACGCUCAAGAUGAGAAUAAUGAGGUUGCUGCGGCAAGUAAGCAGACUACAGAGACUCUCAUGGCUGGUGAGAGGAUAGCAGAAGCUCUUGAGAUGGGCAUGGCCGAUCUCAACCUACUCAGAGAGUACGAGGAAGCCAAACUCACAAACCCUCAUGCCCAGCCUCCCCAACGUAACCCCGUCUUCCUUGCCCUCGGAAAUAUCACCGCCGAGGCUUAUGUCCUCUCUGUUUUACAAAAGAUCAAGGCUUCGGCACUGCACGAUGCUCUGCUGGUACUCCCCUUUGCCUCCGUUCCCAUCCUCUUCACUUUCCUUAAUAUUUUCGCGAUGCGAUCCAUGAACAUGCCCUUGACAUGUCGCAUCCUUUUCUUCAUGCUGAGAACGCACCACAAGCAGAUUGUUGCCAGUCGCACCAUGAAGGCUAUGCUUGACGGCAUCCGCGUGAACCUCCGUGCUUCUCUCAAGCGCCAGAAGGAUGAGAUGGGAGUAAACAUUGCUGCCCUUAAGGUUGUGGGUAUGCAGAUUCGUGACAAGAGCAUCAAGGACUAUGUGGAUGAGAAUUGGGAGGAGAAUAACGAUGAGAGGAAUGCUAAGAAGAGAACGUUCGUUCACGUUGCUUAA